GUUUUGAUGUAAAAUUUGGUGCAAAUUUUGGGGGAGGUGAUGGCCUAACGAUGAAAAUAGUUGAAUUUCCAACGGUGGCAUACAUUUCUUCGAUCGUCUGAUCAGAGAGAGAUCGGACUUCGAACGUUUAAAUUUCGAUCUUCCUCUGCCACCGCCUCCUCCGCCAUCAGUACAGCCGCCCCCACAAUUAUCAUUCUUGAAAGAAAGUUUAUUCACACUAGGAAAUCCCAACCAUGUCCCUGAAUAUGAAGACUCUGAGCCAGGCCUUCGCAAAGGCUUCUGCAGUAAUAGAAAAAACUGUUCACACCACGGUUCAAGAAGUCACCGGUCUACCUCGAGCGUUACAGGACUACGAGCUUUCAGACCAGAUAGGCUCAGCCGGGCCGGGUCUGGCUUGGAAGCUUUAUUCCGCUAAGUCACGUGACAGCCACUUGCCGGCAGUGUAUCCGAUCGUCUGCGUGUGGAUAUUGGACAAGCGGAUCCUGGCGGAGGCCCGACAGAAGGCUGGGCUUUCGAAAACCGCUGAGGACGCGUUCCUGGACGUGAUUCGGGCCGAUGCUGCCCGGCUUGUGAGGCUACGGCAUCCUGGAGUUGUUCACGUUGUCCAGGCGUUGGAUGAGAGCAAGAACGCUAUGGCUAUGGUCACUGAACCACUUUUUGCAUCGGCUGCUAAUGCACUGGGGAAUGUGGAGAAUAUAGCCAAAGUGCCUAAGGAGCUCAGGGGGAUGGAAAUGGGACUGCUGGAGGUGAAGCAUGGACUUCUCCAGAUUGCAGAAACCUUGGGUUUCCUUCAUAACAAUGCUUGUCUCAUCCACCGGGCUUUAUCACCUGAGGCAGUCCUGAUUACAUCAAAUGGAGCCUGGAAGCUUGGUGGCUUUGGUUUUGCGAUAUCAAUUGAUCAGUCAUCAAAUUAUUCUGCAAAUGUGCAGUCUUUUCAUUUUGCUGAGUACGAUGUCGAAGAUUCUGUUCUGCCUCUUCAGCCAUCAUUAAACUACACUGCCCCUGAACUGGUUCGAAGUAAAACAUCAUCAGUUGGGUGCUCCUCUGAUAUUUUCAGUUUUGGAUGUCUGACCUACCACUUGAUUGCGCAUAAGCCUUUGUUUGAUUGCCACAAUAAUGUGAAGAUGUACAUGAAUAGUUUGACUUACUUAUCCAGUGAGGCUUUUUCUUCCAUUCCAAGGGAGCUGUUGCCCGAGUUACAGAGAAUGCUUUCUGCAAAUGAGGCUCUCAGGCCAUCAGCCAUGGAUUUUACGGGCUCACCUUUUUUUCAGGAGGAUACUAGGUUGCGUGCUCUCCGCUUCCUGGAUCACAUGCUUGAAAGAGAUAACAUGCAGAAAUCAGAGUUUCUAAAAGCAUUAUCAGACAUGCGGAAGGAUUUUGACUCCCGUGUAUUGCGGUAUAAGGUUCUUCCCCCUCUGUGUGCAGAGCUUCGAAAUUUGGUAAUGCAGCCAGUGAUUCUACCUAUGGUUCUGACCAUAGCAGAGUCUCAGGAUAAAAACGAUUUUGAGGUAUCAACCUUACCAUCUCUUGUUCCAGUCCUGGACAAGGCCGCUGGUGAGACAUUACUGCUACUUGUGAAGCAUGCUGAGCUUAUUAUCAACAAGGCUAGUCAGGAGCACCUGGUUUCCCAUGUCCUGCCCAUGCUCGCUCGAGCUUAUGAUGAAACUGAUGCACGCUUGCAAGAGGAAGUUCUUAGAAAGACUCUUUCGCUUGCAAAGAAACUUGAUGUUCAGUUAGUGAAACAAGCAAUUUUGCCCCGUGUUCAUGGCCUGGCGCUUAAAACAACUGUUGCUGCGGUGAGAGUGAAUGCUCUAUUAUGUCUAGGUGAUAUGGUUCACAUGCUGGAUAAGCACGGUGUUUCAGAUAUCUUGCAAACGAUCCAACGAUGUACUGCUGUUGAUCAUUCUGCUCCAACUCUAAUGUGUACCCUUGGAGUAGCAACCUCAAUUUUGAAGCAGUUUGGAACUGAAUUUGUAGCAGAGCAUGUUCUUCCAAUACUGAUACCACUGCUAAUUACUCAGCAAUUAAAUGUUCAGCAGUUCGCUAAGUACAUGUUUUUUGUCAAGGAUGUGCUGAGAAAGAUAGAAGAAAAGCGAGGAGUAACUUUGACGGACUCUGGAAUUUCAGAGACACCACCACCUACAGGGGAUGGGCCUCUUCCUGGACUAGUUAAUAAACCACUUGCUACCUCAUCUAGUACGAAACACAGCCCAUCAUGGGAUGAAGAUUGGAUACCUUCCAGGGGAGCUUCAACCGCUCCCUUGUCUUCCUCUACAAUUUCAAAUGCUCAACCAGUCGUUCCAAGCCAGCAAGCUCAAACAUCUGGAUAUUCUCAGUCGUCUUUGACAUUGACUUCAGCUUCUCAACAACUGCCAUCUUCAUGUCCUGCAGUUGAUAUUGAGUGGCCACAUCGAUGUUCAUCAGGCAUUACGACUCAAUUAGGCGACCCUGGGAAGCUCAAUGAAAAUAAAGGUUAUUCAGAUGCAGGUUUUGAUGAUAUAGAUCCUUUUGCCAACUGGCCACCUCGACCUGGCACGACAACCCUUUCUGGAUCUUCAAUCAAUGGAAUGGCAGCACCAUUUGCCAACAAAUAUUCUUCAAGCAAUAAUGCAACCUCGACUGAUAGUUUGAGUUCGUGGGCAUUUGGCACUCAAAAUUCUGUUGAGCCAAUGAGACAGAUUCAUGGUAGUAGUACCUCAUCCACUAUCAGUGGACUCAGUGUGCAGAGUUCUUUCGGGUAUCUGAACCAAAAUCAUGGUGCUUCAACUCUUGGUUUGUCCGCCCAGAAAGCAGCGGAUCUUGGCUCAAUCUUUGCUUCUAACAAGAGUGAGCAAGCUGCACUAAGACUCGCUCCACCUCCAACAACUGCUGUUGGUAGAGGGAGAGGACGGGGAAGGGGAAUUCAAGGACAACUUGGGAGCACCUCAGCAUCACGGCCUAGUCAGGGGAAAUCUCUGCCUGAGCAGCCGCCUGUACUGGACUUGCUGUAGUUUAUGUGGUGACAACGUAAACGGUUUCCAGAUUUAAGUGCUAAGGUAAAAUACAGAUCAACAGUUGUGUAGUUCACUCGACUCUACUUCGUCCAUUGCAAUUGUUCGAGGUGAACAAGAGAAACAUAACACGUCGAUACAUUUAGGCUCCAUUUGAUUCUCAUUUUUAUCAAAAUUCAUUUUUCUCUCUUUGUUUUAACAACACAUUCUUCAUUAAAAUAAUGUUACACGGAAACCAAAAACUUUUCCUUAUUUUUCAUCCCCACAUUCUCCAUCAAUCUACUAUUUUUAAAAAUUCAUUUUUCCAUAAAAAUGGGUGUCAAACACCCUCUUAGUGCCUAAUUCAAGUUGUUCGCAGGUUGUAGCAUAAUAGUUUGUGAUUCUACUCGUCACAGAGUGCGGCUGCUUGUACUCUUUCUGGACAAAUUUUUGUUUUCUUUUUCCUUAAUGAUCGUAUUUAAUUUAUAAAUAGUUUGUCAAGGAAGUUCAUUGUAUUCUUCAUCCAUUGGUUCAGGAAAAGGUAAUACAAUUGAUGCUUUUGAAAUUUCUCUCAUAUUGAAUAUUUGUGUAAAGAAGAUGUUGAUUCUUGACUUGGUUGUUAAACUCAUCAGUUAAGUGAGUUGCAAUCAGUUGGAUCCUCAAAAAUUGUAACAGAAUUGCUGUUAUUAGUUGUAACAGAAUCAUAUAUACAUUGCUUGUAAAUCUCUUUGGUCCUGUGUCCAUUAAUAGGACUAGGAGUUGAUGAGUUGAUGUGAGGGGGAUCAUAUACUGUAUAAGAGAAAGUAAGAUAGUGAGAGAGAGUUCUGUACACCAUCGUUGUAAAUUUUCUGUGAGUUUUUCUGAAGAAGCUCGGUUGAGUGGUGAGUGCUGGUGAUUUGUAUAAAGCCACCAUUGUGUAAUAUCUUCUUAUAUGGUAGACUGGUACACUGACUGGGGAUUAAUUC